AGGACUUGCUCUGCAGAGGCCAGCAAUCCCAGCAAACUGGAGCAAGAGCGGAGGCGUCUGGGACCCCAGUCCCCACCUGCUUGUCCUUCCAGAUCAGCCCCUGGCAUGGAGACCUUCUUUAGGAAGCAUUUCCAGCGAAAGGCACGAGGUACCGGAGAGAGGCGGUCCAGUGGUGUGGGGCUGCCCACAGGCAAGGCUCGACGCCGCUCCCCUGCAGGGCAGGCGUCCUCUUCACUGGCCCAGAGGCGCCGCUCCAGUGCACAGCUCCAGGGCUGUUUUCCCAGCUGCGGGGUGGGCAUGAGAGGUGCCAGCCGCAGGCGCUCCAGCACUGCACCCCCUACCUGCAAUCCCCGCUUCAUGGUGGAUGUGGUGCCUACCCUACAACCUGCCGCUGUUGGGGCCCAGCUUCUGGGUGCGCCCCUGCUGUUGGCUGGGCUCACGAGCAUGAAGGAGGAGGAGGAAGGGGUCCCGGAGGGAGAUGAGACAGCUGAAGCGACAAGUGAUGCUAGGCCAGGUACCGGGACAGUGCCCUUCUCACACCAGGGCACCUGGCCACUGCUUCCCAUGCCCCGCUACCUGCGCCGAGCCUCUUCCCACCUGCUCCCUGCUGAUGUGGAGUGUGGCCAUACUCUUUGGGGCCUGCAUGGUCACUAUCGUCGCCUCAGCCAGCGGUGGCCCUCAGGCCAGCACCCUGGUCUUGGGGGCCGAAGCCCAAGAGCCUCGGGCGCUACGGCAGGCCCCAUGAUACCGGCCCGUGUACGCCCGCUGUCUCGCAGACGGCAGGUAGCUCUAAGGCGGAAGUCAGCUGGACCCCAGCCCUGGAGCACCCUGCUUAUGAAAGCCAUCACCAAGUCGGGCCUUCAGCACCUGGCACCCCCUCCUCCCACGCUUGGGGCCCCGUGCGGUGAAUCUGAGCGGCAGACCCAGAGCACUGUGGACUGGAGUGAGUCAGCAGUGUAUGGGGAGCACAUCUGGUUUGAGACCAACGUGUCGGGUGACUUCUGCUAUGUCGGGGAGCAGCACUGUGUAGCGAAGAUGCUGCCGAAGUCAGCGCCCAGAAGAAAGUGCGCAGCCUGUAAGAUUGUGGUGCAUACCCCAUGCAUUGAGCAGCUGGAAAAGAUCAAUUUCCGCUGUAAGCCGUCCUUCCGAGAAUCAGGCUCCAGGAAUGUCCGUGAGCCAACCUUCGUAAGACACCACUGGGUCCACAGACGACGCCAGGAUGGCAAGUGUCGGCACUGUGGGAAGGGCUUCCAGCAGAAGUUCACCUUCCACAGCAAGGAGAUCGUAGCCAUCAGCUGCUCCUGGUGCAAACAGGCAUACCACAGCAAGGUGUCAUGCUUCAUGAUGCAGCAGAUUGAGGAGCCCUGCUCCCUAGGGGUGCAUGCGGCCGUGGUCAUCCCACCCACCUGGAUCCUGCGGGCCCGGAGACCCCAGAACACCCUCAAGGCCAGCAAGAAGAAAAAGAGAGCGUCCUUCAAGAGGAGGUCCAGCAAGAAAGGACCUGAGGAAGGCCGCUGGAGACCCUUCAUCAUCAGACCCACCCCGUCCCCCCUCAUGAAACCCCUGCUGGUGUUUGUGAACCCCAAGAGUGGGGGCAACCAGGGCGCCAAGAUCAUCCAGUCUUUUUUGUGGUAUCUGAAUCCCCGACAAGUCUUUGAUCUGAGCCAGGGAGGACCCCGGGAAGCGCUGGAAAUGUACCGCAAAGUACAUAAUUUGAGGAUUCUGGCUUGCGGGGGUGAUGGCACGGUUGGCUGGAUUCUCUCUACCCUGGACCAGCUGCGCUUAAAACCACCGCCUCCUGUGGCCAUCCUGCCCCUGGGCACUGGCAAUGACCUGGCCCGAACCCUCAACUGGGGUGGGGGUUACACAGAUGAGCCCGUGUCAAAGAUCCUUUCCCAUGUUGAGGAGGGGAAUGUGGUACAGCUAGACCGUUGGGACCUCCGAGCAGAGCCCAACCCCGAGGCGGGGCCUGAGGAGCGAGAUGAUGGAGCCACUGACCGGCUGCCCCUGGAUGUCUUUAACAACUACUUCAGCCUUGGCUUCGAUGCCCACGUCACCCUGGAAUUUCAUGAGUCUCGAGAAGCCAACCCAGAGAAGUUCAACAGCCGCUUUCGGAAUAAGAUGUUCUAUGCUGGGACGGCCUUCUCUGACUUCCUGAUGGGCAGCUCCAAGGACUUAGCCAAGCACAUCCGAGUAGUGUGUGAUGGAAUGGACCUAACCCCCAAGAUUCAGGACUUGAAACCGCAGUGCAUCGUCUUUCUGAAUAUCCCCAGGUACUGUGCAGGCACCAUGCCCUGGGGCCACCCAGGGGAGCACCAUGACUUUGAGCCCCAGAGGCAUGAUGAUGGCUACCUGGAGGUCAUCGGCUUCACCAUGACAUCCUUGGCAGCACUGCAGGUGGGUGGGCACGGCGAGCGAUUGACCCAGUGCCGAGAAGUGCUGCUCACCACUGCCAAGGCCAUCCCUGUGCAGGUGGAUGGUGAGCCCUGCAAGCUUUCAGCAUCGCGGAUUCGAAUUGCCCUGCGCAACCAGGCCACUAUGGUGCAGAAGGCCAAGCGCCGGAGUACUGCCCCACUGCACAGCGAUCAGCAACCGGUUCCUGAGCAGCUGAGGAUCCAAGUGAGCAGGGUCAGUAUGCAUGACUACGAGGCUCUGCAUUAUGACAAGGAGCAGCUCAAGGAGGCCUCUGUGCCUCUGGGCACUGUAGUGGUCCCCGGAGACAGUGACCUGGAGCUCUGCCGUGCCCACAUUGAGAGACUGCAGCGGGAGCCCGAUGGGGCUGGAGCCAAGUCCCCAAUGUGCCACCAACUCUCCUCCAAGUGGUGUUUCCUGGAUGCCACCACUGCCAGCCGCUUCUACAGGAUCGACAGGGCCCAGGAGCACCUCAACUAUGUGACGGAGAUUGCCCAGGACGAGAUUUACAUCCUAGACCCAGAGCUUCUGGGAGCAUCAGCCCGGCCUGACCUCCCCACCCCUACUUCCCCGCUCCCUGCCUCCCCCUGCUCCCCUACACCUGGGUCACUGCAGGGGGACACUGCACUGCCCCAAGGUGAAGAACUGAUUGAAGCUGCCAAGAGGAAUGACUGCUGCAAGCUCCAGGAGCUACACCGAGCAGGAGGUGACCUCAUGCACCGCGACCAAAAGAGCCGCACACUCUUGCACCACGCGGUCAGCACUGGCAGUAAGGAAGUGGUCCGCUAUCUGCUGGAUCAUGCACCUCCAGAGAUCCUUGAUGCUGUGGAGGAGAAUGGGGAGACCUGUCUCCACCAGGCAGCUGCCCUGGGUCAGCGCACCAUCUGCCACUACAUUGUGGAAGCCGGGGCCUCCCUCAUGAAGACAGAUCAGCAGGGCGACACUCCCCGGCAGCGAGCUGAGAAGGCUCAAGACACAGAGCUAGCUGCCUACCUGGAGAACAGACAGCAUUACCAGAUGAUCCAGCGUGAGGACCAGGAGACGGCUGUGUAGUUAAGGGGACCAUGGAUCGAUGAGGGACACUACCAGAGGACUCAAGCUCUCCUUGCCCAUCUCACUGCCACAUUCCUGUCAGAUGGCUAUGGGGGGACCCUGCCACAGGGAAGGAGCCCCGUGCCACCCCCUGAGAAGCUGUUCAGAUCUAGGGCUGGACUCUAAGGAGCUGGAUUCUCACCUGUCCCUGGUUUCAUGGGGAACAGGAAACAGGCUGGGCUGGCUGGGUCCCUCCCUUCAGGGCAGCCUCCUGCUCACCACAGCAGACGGAAGGGCUGGACAGAGCUCAGCAUCGAUAUCAGGGAGGCCUGCUCAGGAGCUCUCUGGAGGGUUCUGGGUACCUAGCCCUCCUCUCUGGUCCACCCACCCUGGGCAUCCCAGAAACCCAAGAGCCUGCUGUGUUCACCUGCCCGCUGCCCUGCUUGGCACCUACCCUGGUCUUCCUCCUCAUGUAUCCAGUCAUUUCAUUUCGGACUGUAUGGCCUGGGGUGGGGGUGGGGCUCCCACGGUGACUUGUUUACAGCUGGGUGUGACUCAGUAAAGUGAAUUUUUUUUCCUUU